AUGGCGAAAAGCGCGCGAGCAAGCACGAAGAAGGCGAACCAUCAGAGGCUGAAGAGUCGGGUUUUUGGGCCGGUUGAAGAUGCACGGACGGAGAGACUCUCAGCAAAACUUCUUGAGUUGGCGUCGCAACCAAAGAAGAGAGAGGAUGUAGUCAUGGAGCCUCAAGAGGGCUCCACCGAACAAAACAGUGCCGCCCCGACCGCAGAGAGCAAGGAGACUGAAGGUAUGGAAGUUGAUCAAGAUGCCUCGAAGAGUACCUCCAAGCCGAAGUCUUCUAGAAAAGGCAGGAUAGAGAAGAGACGAAGCAGCCGCAAAGCUUCAAUCGUGUUCCCGAAGUACAAAAAUGGCAAAAGAGUUGGGCCCAAGACGAAGGGAAGAAGAUAG